AGGCCGGUUGCGGUGCCGUGGAACUAGACCUAGCCUUCACUUCUGAUGGCGUUGGUGUGUUAAUGCAUGAUGAUCUGGUAGAUCGUACUACCGACCACACAGGCCGUGUGGACCAACACACGUACGAAACUGUACAGAAAAUGGCUAUCAAGCACGCGUACCUGCAAGAUAAGCAUGUAGAGCGAGUGCCUGACUUAGAAGAGGCGCUAUUGCUAGCUAUGGAAUUAGGGUUGAAGGUGUUUAUAGACUGCAAGAGCGAUGCCGGGGCGACGGCGAGAUUAAUCACAAAGCUUUUUGACCAACACCCGGCAUUGUACGAAAUGUGUGCCGUGUGUUCGUUCCAUCCGGAUAUCAUCUACGCAGUGCGCAAGUCGAAUCCGAGGAUCUUAACAGGGCUGACAUACACGCGCAUAUUCUUGGAGAUGGAGCCUGUAACUGCGUUCGACUUCUUCAAAGUGGUUGUCUUGGCUCUGUCUGAUGCUGUCUGGGGCUGGGCUUUCCACAAUUGGGCAUGGUUAUUCCUGGGUGUGAACUGUGUGCUGCUCGACGUCAACUCCAUCAGUCGCGACGAAAUCAAGAAGUGGAAAGCGCGAGGCAUCCCCGCAUUCGUAUGGACAGUCAAUGAUUUAUCCACAAUGCGAUGGUUACACUCACAUGGUGUGUCGUUUAUGACCGAUGUUCCGGAAAACUUCAAUGUACCGGAUAAUGGCCUAUAGAACAAAUAAUGUGUUGUGAAGGUUUAGUUAAACAUAGACAGCGGUCGUACUGAGGACAUAAGUGUAUUUGACUGAAGAAGCUCUCUCUCUGGCGAUAUAGCAUAAGUAGCUGGGCGAGCACAUACGUGCGUACAUAGUAAGCAGAGAAGAGCACUUGGCAGAUAAGUAGAUGUCUUCAGCCUUAAUUUUAUAGCACAGUCUUAAUCCUUAGCGCUUAGUAAGAGUUCAGAUCAACAGAGAUUAGAAUAGUAAGUAGUAAGGUAAUUGUCAGACAUCUGUACCGGAGUAUGUAGAAUAAUGCACGCAUGUAAACUGGGUAUGCACGUAGAUUGUAUACAUACACAGUGUUCUCGUGUGCUUGGGUACCAUACUCCUGGACAUAGACACCAUGCAUCUGUUCACUGGUGAAUUAACGUCCCAUAUAUGUAUACAUAAACACUUAAUCUAGUAUAUAGCAUGGGGAUGUAUGUAUGUAUGGGCUCAAGUAUCAUGCAGUAUACUAUACAGGGUGUGGACUGUACAGUAGCGAUAGUCAUAUCACACCAGAAGAACACCAAAAGUGUUUAUGCAUUGACACAUAGAAGCAUUAGAUCGGAAGGAUAUGUGGAGGUCGUCAUAGCACGUUAGCUGGAGAUAUAAAAUAGUUCUCAGGAGCGAGAGAACUAUAUAUGUUAGCCGUAGAGACGGGCUGACCGAUACACUGGUGGUACAACAAUCCCCAACGAAUGACUGUGGUCAGUUUAACAGGACAACCCGCACAAGUGUUACGCGAGAGGCCAUGAGUGGGCGGGCACAGCUGUAUCAGCUGUAGAGUAUAAAGUCGGCGCGUAGUGAACAAAGCCACACACAUCCACCUACCGGCCAGUACGGGAAGAUGCAGUCGGGGAAGGUGUGGCACUUAGCUUAAGUGUAGGUUGAACCUCGGAAUGGCGUGGAAUGGGGUAAAUUUUAUUUCUCAAAUUGAGAACAUGUCAUUGUACACCAAUUAAAAGGUAUUAAUUUUCAGACCAGAGUGUUCAGAUACGGCCCAAUACGGAUAUUGGACGGUUGGAUGCACUGAAGAAGAUGGUAAAAGGUGGAUGCUAAUUAUAUAUGGUUGGCCAUCAUCGCAUGUUGUAAUAAGUUUCAGUGGGGUUUGAAGGAUAUACGCCAAUGUUUGUGCCAUAAUGGGGACACACCUGUCAAACAUAUUGAGCAUGCCCUUCACAAUGUACCUUUCAGAAGGCUAUGCAAUAAGUUG